UACCCCCCCCCCUUCCCAUUAAGGAGUCCCCCCCCUCCCCUUGUAAAAAAAAAAAAUGGAUCUUGAUGAGUGGGAGUUGCUGCCUGUCGAUAGCUAUCUUGAUUUCAAUGAGGGUGACAAGGUCUUCUCCAGGAGGCACGGCCCCCCUCCUGAUCAGAAGAGUGUCUUCAACAUGGAUUACUUCCGGUGCCCGUCCCCGAAUCCGAAGGCGCCGAGCCGGGUCGUCCCCGUGCCGAUCCAAUUCGAUCCGCCGGCCCCGGAUGAGAGGCUGAUGAGGGAGAUCAUCGAGGUGCCCGUGGAGAUCAAGCUCCCGUCCCUGAUCACCGAGAAGAUGAUCAAGCCUCCUGAUGACGGUAAGGCCGUGGGACUGGAGGAAGCUGACCAGGACAUGGUCUCCCAAGUCUUCUUCAAGAAGAUGACGGAACCCGAAUUCGCCGACAUGAAAAUGGACUCGCCGAGGUCCGGCACUCGAGGAAUCGUUGUGCCCCAGAUUGAUGCCGGAGCCUUUCAAGGCGAGGCAGUUCUUGACAGUUCUUGCUCUCCAAGAAAGAGGCACGAGGUCACCGCCAGAGAUGUCGUGGGCGUGACCAAGAAGCAACAGGGCAGUGAUAGUGAUGCAGAGGAGGCCGCUUGGGAUGAGAAUAGAGGUGGUCUGAACAUAUGGAAAUGGGGCUUCACAGGGAUUGGAGCUCUCUGCUCUUUCGGUGUCGCUGCUGCUACUGUCUGCAUCAUCAUUCUUGGAAGCCAGAGGGCUAAACAGAGCCAGCGGAAUCAGAAGCAUCGGUUUCAGAUCUACACCGAUGACAAGAGAAUUAAGGAAGUGGUUCAUCAGGCAACCAAGCUGAACGGAGCAAUUUCAGCAGCGAGAGGGGUUCCUCUGAGCAGGGCUCACAUAACUUACGGAGGUUACUAUGAUGGCAUUGGCAUUUGAAGAGAAAUUGCCACAUCGGUUUGGUUUGCACAAAAGAGAUUCCUGAACGAGGUUCGUUAGGGUCCACAAUCUCUAUUCUCUAGUAUGUUUUGCCAAUGCAGAUUCUCCUUAUACCAGAUUGACCAUGUAGGGUCUUCUCUAUCUGUUAGUGUAUAUGCACUUAAAGAUCCUUACUUUUAUCUGCAUUUUGGAUGAUGGGUUCCUUAUUUAUUAUUAUAUUUUGUGUAUAAUUGAAUA